UUCCUCUGGGCGGGACUGUUUGAAACAAGGAAGUACAAGGGAGAAAUAACAUAUCUAUUGUUAGUGUCUCCCGGGUCUAGGCACUGAGACAGUCUCAUAUUUAGAGGAAUAAUAUUUUAUAUAAGAACACCGGUAAGCGAAGUGAAUGAAGAACAAAGCGACAAAAAACUGGACACAGAUGUUAGAACUCCCCACGAGUUUGGGGAAUAACCCUCGGUGACAAGAAGGCAAUGUUGUUUUUCCUCUUGUUUGUAACAUAGGUGAAAUGACGCAGGUUGCUAACCACACCUAAUAGAAACAUCUGAGGAUGGGCGUGUAUCUGAUGGUGUGAUAGCUGGCUCGAUCAAGCAAAAUACAACUAAGAAAACCACUGACAGCUCACCCAGUGUUGGGUUGUCUUAUCUAUACAAGAUUGUCACAACAUUCUGGUCAAACCGCCGUGUGUGUUUUCUUGUAACUCGGACAUUAAAAACAACACUAACUGUACCACAGUAUCGCUACAUGUCCGUGAUAUUCCGACACAAUGUCAACGGGAGUAGUACAGUUCUUGUUGGUGUCCUCAGUGGUGGCUUUACACACUCAAUAUUCAGGGGAUCACCGCUUAGUCAUAUAUGUGACAUUUGCUCCAGGACUUGAAUAUCUGCCGACAUACUCUUCGUAUGGCAUGCUUGAUGAUUACAGAGUAUUUACCUACGACAGCGUCUCUGAUGUUUUCUCACAUCCCUUUGGCCAACAGGAAUCUCUCUCCACUGUCUGGAGAGAUCUUAGGGAUUGCACACAUUUUAAAACUGGUUAUUUCAACUUGUUUUCAAGAUAUGCAAAUGCAACACUGGGGUUGAAAGGCCCACUUUUACAGUUAAUGUAUGGAUGUCAGCUCAGCCAUAAUGGAACAUCAAGUGGAUUGUAUCAUUUUUCAGUCAAUGGAGAGUACAGUCUGUCUAUGGACAUGGACAACCCCCUAUGGUACUCAUAUUUGCCACAAGAUCUGGACAUUAAGAACAUUCUUGACAGGUUUGAGCUCUGGAAUCACAAUAAUCUUAUAUACAUUCACCGUGUUUGUGUUCCUCGCCUCAAGAUGUUCUACAAACACAGUAAAGCAAUAAUUGACCAAAAAGUUCGUCCAGAAGCUACGAUCAGGCGCCAACGUACUAGUGCUCUCAUCUGUGUUGUGACGGGGUUUUACCCUAAAGAAAUCACUGUGGAGUGGAUAAUUGAUGGAAAGAAACCCUUAGAUGGGACAUCAACAGGUCUCCUGCCAAAUCAUGACCAGACGUACCAAGUUCAAAUGUCAAUUGAGUUAUCUGAUGCUACACACAACUACUCCUGUCAAAUAGAGCACAGCAGUCUUCAAGAGCCGAUGGUCCUUACAUGGGAUGGAUCCUCAGGUAUGGCCAAUGAAAAUUCUUCAAAGCACAUUGGUUUGAUUGCAGCACUUAUUGUGGUGUUUAUAGUAAUAAUAGUUAUUUUCUGUUUUAUAAUGAAACGUGUCAUUUAAAAACUUUAUAAUUGUAUUUUUUACAUAAAUUAUCAUUUUAUCAUAUAUUUUUAUAAUAUUAUAUUAUCUAUAAUAUCCUAAACUACUAUUUAUAGUUUGUUGUAGCAAAAUACCCAUUUACAAAGAAAAAGGCAAUUUUCAACUGCUGUAAAUAGAUGAUAUGAUAAAGCUUUCAGAUCUUUUUUCAGAUCUUUAUUUUCUUAUUUAUAGUAUAACGUUUUAUUGUGUUAUACUGACUGUUGUUGUAUAUCUUAUAAUGUUAGUUUUGUUGGUCUUUCUGUGACAUUUGUGUCAUUUUCCAUCAUUUUGUGUUCAACUAAUUGUCUGUUUUGAGAAAGACGUUCAUUAUCCAAAAAAUUAGGAUAAAGAUAUUUUACGAUUUAA